AUGCGGAUUCAUUCGCGCAUUCAACUCGCCGUGCCGCUAUUGGCGACUGCGGCUUCCGCUGCCGAAGGUCCGAUAGUCGACCUGAAGUAUGCGAGAUAUCAAGGCACAUUCAACUUAACCUCGAAUCUCAACAUAUUCAGAGGCCAUUCCAACAGGCGACCUCCGCUGGAAACUCCCCCAAGAACCAACAUCCAGCGGCACCAACUCAAGCAACGACGGCCUGACCCUAGCCACAGCAAACCCGCCUCGAUGCCCGUGGGCCCGCCGCUCCCUCCAAUAUCCCAAAACAGCAGCCGAGGAAGCCUCUCUCCAGAACUUCGCCUUCGCCGGCGACGAGGACUGCCUCUUCCUAAACGUCUUUGCUCCAGCCGGCGCCGCGGAGCUGCCCGAGUCACUCCCGUGGUGGUAUGGAUCCACGGCGGCGGGUAUAGCUUAGACUCAGCUUCCUCCUUUGACUUUUUCUCGCAAAUCACGACGAAUAACAACACCUAUGUUGCCGUUAUCAUUCAGUACCGUCUCGGGGCGUUCGGAUUCCUUCCCUCAGAGGAACUUGUUCAGGGCGGGGGAGUGGCGAAUGCUGGGUUAUGGGACAUGGUUCGCGCGUUGCGGUGGGUGAAGACGCAUGUGGGCAAGUUUGGAGGAGAUCCGAGAAAGGUAACUGUCGCGGGCCAGUCUGUUGGUGCGGGAGGGGCGUUGCUUUUGGCUGAAAGUGAUGAGGCUGUUGGGUUGUUUGAUGGUGUCAUUGCGAGUAGUCCGUACCUGACUACCCUGCCGAAACACGACGGCGACAGACCGACAAGGGCAUAUAAAAGCCUAGUAGAGCGCAUAGGCUGCUCCACAAACACCACCUCGCCAUCUCUCCUCUCCUGCCUCCAAAAAGCAGACUCCCUCACGCUCCAAAACGCAAGCGACUGGGUAAGCACCCAAGGCCGCUACGGCCAAUGGGAAUGGUGGCCCAUCAUCGACGGCAAACUCGUCAGAGAGACCCUCACGCAGGAGCUCUCCUGGGGGAAAGCAGGCGUCAACGGGCGAAGGGUACUCACCAGCAACGUCGCGGACGAAGGACCGUAUUUCACGUGGCAGAAUAUUACUACCCAGGCACAUUUUGUCUCGUUUGUGGAGAGUAACUUCCCCGCGCUGUCGGCGGGCAAUGUUUCCGAGGUGCUCGCGACCUACGCGCAGAAACACGAGGCUUUUCUCAUUGCCAACUCGAGGGAUGCGAAUAAUACGGAGCCGGGGUUCAGCACCGACGGCCUUGAAUCGCCGUACGCGACGACGGUAUCGGACUACGCUACGGGCUGGCAGCAAGUUGCAAAUAACUUCUACGCCGAGGCGACGUUUGUGUGCCCCUCGCACUGGCUUGCUAAUGCGUACGCCGCCAAGGAAGGGGCGAAAGCGUGGCGGUAUCAGUAUAGUGUGCCGCCUGCGUACCACGGCGUCGAUGUUGGUUCUGGGUCAGAUUUUGAUGUGUUGCUUGCGCCGGUUGAUACGCCUGGUACGGCGGUUACGAUGCCUUUGCGGCGGGCGCUGCAGAAUGCUUGGGGGCAGUUCAUCACGCGCGGGGAGGAGUUGGUUCUUGGUGAGGGCGGAGGCAACGCGACGGUGUGGCAGCAGUGUAAAGUGGGUGGGAGGGUAGUUGCGAGUAUGUUGAAUGCGAAUAUGACUGGUGGAGUGCCGGUUGGCAAGGUGUCUUCUUUUGAUGGCAUGGUCAGCUUGAACAUUACCAGCUAUGCUCCCGGGGAUGCCGGGAUUUCGCCGCUGGAGGCCGUGUUGAAGGUUGUUGAUGGGGAUAAGUGA